AUGGCCUAUAUCAACGACCGGCAGUGGCAUAGCAGAACGCGUCCUGAGCCUGCAUAUCUGGCCUCUCGUCCUCGUCGUCUUUCUAAUCAACAUGGAGCAGUUGGAGAUGGUCUUCCUCUUCCCCAGAAGUCAGCGUCAGCUUCAGGUUCCGCCCACCAGGACCCGGAAAGAGAUCGGACUCCCUACAAGCUUAAAGCGUCACCGCAUUUGGCACACUUAUUUCCUUCCGAUGGUCAGCCUGUGGCCACAACACUAGCGGAACUAGUAGCCUCAUCUAUUGCUGACGAAGAACCUAUGCUCGAAAUAUCAGCAGUGGUGAUAACCCCAUCUACUUCUGACGGAGAUACUCACCCUGACUCUAAAGAGCCAACUAAACUCAGUCAAGAAACGGAAUUGCUGUAUAUCAGGGAUUGGAAAUCCGCACUUUCUUUCAAGCAUGGUCCCCUCACCGACUGUGAUUCUGUCGCUGUUCCUUGUACAGCUGCAUCUCCUCCGCCAAACCCAUCGGAUGGCGCGACACGAUAG